GAAGCUGGCGGGCUGAGAAAAGUCGCGCAGGCGCCUCGGCGAACUCGCGAGAGGACGUGCGGGGGACCGCUUGUCGAUCACCAUGCCCCGCCCUGCCGCGCCGCGCCGCGCCCCCUGGGUACGCCCCGCCCCCAGCCCUGGCCAGGCGGGAAGCGAACGCGCGCUCUCUCCCGUUACCCUCCGCCUGAGGGGGGUAGGGCGGGGUAAGCGGAGGCGCGCGCUCUCGAGCUACGUGCUCGCGUACGUCGCCGGGGUUCGGCUGCGUCCGGCCGCCCGCCUGCCCGCCCGUUGCCGCCGUGUUCUUGCUUCUCCGGCCGCCGCCUAAGGGGGGCCCGGGCCGGGCCUAGCCGCCACCGCCAUUGCCGGGAUGCCGCGCGUGUACAUCGGUCGUCUGAGCUACCAGGCCCGGGAGCGCGAUGUGGAGCGCUUCUUUAAGGGCUACGGGAAGAUCUUGGAGGUGGAUCUGAAGAACGGGUAUGGUUUUGUGGAGUUUGAUGAUCUGCGUGAUGCAGAUGAUGCAGUUUAUGAACUGAAUGGCAAAGACCUUUGUGGUGAGCGAGUAAUUGUUGAGCAUGCCCGCGGCCCACGACGAGAUGGCAGUUACGGUUCUGGACGCAGUGGAUAUGGUUAUAGAAGAAGUGGCCGAGAUAAAUAUGGUCCUCCUACCCGCACAGAGUACAGACUUAUUGUGGAGAAUUUGUCAAGUCGGUGCAGUUGGCAAGACUUAAAGGAUUAUAUGCGUCAAGCAGGAGAAGUCACUUAUGCAGAUGCUCACAAAGGACGCAAAAAUGAAGGAGUGAUUGAAUUUGUAUCUUACUCUGAUAUGAAAAGAGCUUUGGAAAAGUUGGAUGGAACUGAAGUCAAUGGCAGAAAAAUCAGAUUGGUUGAAGACAAGCCAGGUUCUAGACGGCGCCGGUCCUACUCCAGGAGCCGGAGUCAUUCAAGGUCUCGCUCUCGGAGCAGACAUUCCCGGAAGAGCAGAAGCCGAAGUGGCAGCAGCAAAAGCAGUCGAUCCCGGUCCAGGUCAGGUUCCCACUCACGGAGCAAAAGCCGCAGCCGCAGCCAGAGUCGCAGCCGCAGCAAGAAGGAGAAAAGCAGGAGUCCCAGCAAGGAGCACAAGAGCCGCAGCCGGAGCCGCAGCGCUAACAAGAGCCGCAGCAAGAGCAAAGACCAUGCUGAAGACAAGAUCCAGAACAACGACAGCACUGGGAAGCCCAAGAGUCGGAGUCCCAGCCGGCAUAAAAGCAAGAGUAAAAGUAGGAGCAGGAGCCAGGAGAGGAGAGUGGAGGAAGAGAAGCGAGGGAGUGUGAGCAGGAGCCGGAGCAAAGAGAAGAGCCGGAGCCAGGAGAAGAGUGUCCUCAAGAGCAGGAGCCGGAGCAGGAGCAAGGGGGGCAGCCGCAGCCGCAGCCGCAGCAAAAGCAAGGACAAGAGGAAGGGCAGGAAGAGGAGCAGGGAGGAGAGCCGCAGUCGCAGCCGUAGCCGCAGCAAGAGUGAGCGGAGUAGGAAGCGCAGCAGCAAGCGAGACAGCAAGGUGGGCAGCAGCAGCAGCAGCAGCAAGAAGAAGAAGAAAGAAGACACUGACCGCUCCCAGUCCAGGUCACGGUCUCGCUCAGCAUCAAAGGAGCGGGAACACGCCAAGGCUGAGUCUGGCCAGAGGGAAAGCCGAGGGGAGAGUGAAGAUGCCGGCCCCAAUCCAGAGGCCCAGUCCAGGUCAAGAUCAAAUUCCAAAUCAAAACCAAACCCUCCGACAGAAUCACGCUCCAGAUCAAAGUCAGCUUCCAAAACCCGAUCUCAGUCCAAGUCUCGAUCCAGGUCUGCUUCCAGAUCGCCCUCUCGGUCUAGAUCUAGGUCUCAUUCAAGGUCCUAACUGGCUACAACCACAGCUGGAACUACCUGAGAAGUCUUUUGUACAUGUUUGGUAGCUGUAGCACAAGUGAUUGAGGUAGAACAUCUGUCACUGCUGUACAUUUUUAACCCCCCUAAUGGUGUGUCUAUAAUUGUUAAAAUCUAAGUGCUUCCUCUCAGUAAAGCCUCUUGGCACCAGGCCUUCCUGCUCGACUGAAAAAAAUCUCUUUGAAACUCCCUUUCCUCAUGGCCCACAGUAGAAUAUCCAAAACGCCUUGGCUUUCAGGCCUGGCCUUUCCUUCAGGGAGUUCAGUACCUGGACAGCACUAAGGCUGGAAUGAUGGCAUAGGUAGGUAUGGUGAGUUCAACCAUUUUUGCCCUUGAAUUGAUGCCCUUUGAUGUAUGCCAUUUAGUGAAAGUGCUAAGUCUUCAGUUUCCUACCACUUUGGUUUCAUAUUUUUGGACUUAACAAAGUUGUGAAUAGCACAGUCGAGGAAAAUUGAUACCUACAGUAAUCCAUAGGAAGUAAACUGUAGAGUUCCAUAUUCUGGUAUUGUGAUUAUAUUGUUUUAUAUUAAAAAAAAAGAAAAGAAUUUUUUUUAAUUUUAUUUUUCCCUGUCUUGCAAAGUAUAGUGACCCCUGUUUCCAGUAAAUUUGAAUAAAGACUAUUUUUGCUUGACAAAAUUUCA